AUGCGCGUCGCAAUCUCCUUCGCCAUCCUGGCCUCAAUGCUCCCCUUCGCCCUUGCGAGCGUCCAAGAGCCGAGCGCAACCAAGUUGAUCAACGCUGUGCAGACCCAGUAUCUCACCCCCAUUCCGCCCAAGGAUCCCGCGAAGCCUAUUGCUGCAGGGACCAACUUGAGACGGAUCCACCCGCAGGGAAGGUCGGAUCUUUGCAUCACUGUCCAAGGUGGCGAGAUCAUCGGCGGUGCCGAAGUGGGGAUCGCGUACGUAGAGCCCGACGGGUCCGCCCGCGCCGACUGGCAAAAGUGGGACAUGAAGCUCGCCCAGGCUGGCGGUGGCGGACAGAUCAAGGCGUCCAACGCGCAAUACUGUCUCAGUAUCGGGGACGAUACGUCCGACGCCGCGCGACCGAGGUUGGAGAAGUGUGUGGACGCUGGUGCGGCUAAGGAUAAGGGUCAGAUGUGGGCUGUCACUCGGCUCAGUAUCAAGAAUAUGAAGAAUAACUGCAAUCAGUGCAUUGAUAUUCGACUCCAAUCGCCGGUAUACGAAGGGAAGGGCUGGAUCUCGCAGAGAGACGUCCAGACGUGGGCUUGCGCCAACGCCACUGCGAACGAGAACAAUCCGCAGCAGGUGUGGGAUCUCAUGCUGCCGGAUGGAAACAUGGCUGGGUCGGCGCCUGGCCGGAGGGCCCAGCUGACGCGGGGUCGGAGGAGCUUCUAG